CCUAGGUCCUAUCUAUUUGAGGAAGAAGGAUGCUUCUUCAAGCACAAAGCAUAGAUUAUAACCCGUUGAGUCAGGGCAAUGGGGCCGAGUAUCGGAAGAACUUCGAGGGCCGCUCUGAUGGUCCGACGGCGGAGCCGGACCGAGACACGGACGACCCCCCGACUUGGGCGUUCGACCGGUCGUUCCUGAAGCCGGCGGCGCGUCUCUGCCUCAACGCUUUGGAUUUCUCAGACCUCUGGGACGAGGAGGACGGCGAAGAGGACGAGGGCGCCGCCCCGAGCAGCGAACCGUCGACUCCUCCCGGAUCCCCUCCAGCGCCCCCUCCUCUUCCUCCCCCUGUGAUGCUCGCCCCACCUCCUCCGCCCUCCGCCUCCCGGAGGGGCGAGGAGAGCACCAAAUGCCACACCUUGAGGCUCCACUGGAGAGAGCUGCGGAGUUUGGCUCCCCUUCCCAGAAUGACCCGCUUCGGGACUCGGACGAUUUGGGAGACGCUUGAGCCCGUCCACCUGGACACUGACCGGCUGGGGCACCUGUUCAAAUCUAAGGGCAGUAGCGGCAGUUUAAACGUGGCUUCUGGCAGGCAGUCGGUCAUUGCAACUCUACCCGCGCCUACGGAAACGCUAACGUGUGGUAUCUCCACCCUCAACGGUCUCACGUCCUCCCCCUUCAUCCCGCUACAGAAGCAGCCGUUGGUCUCGGUGCUGGGGAUGAAGAGGAGUAACAUCAUCACCAUCGCCCUGAGCAGCCUGCCCCCUCCCCGCCUCCUCCCCCCGGCUAUCUACAGCAUGGACAGCAGUGUGCUGGACAGAGAGGACGUACAGCGGCUCAAAGCGCUGAUCCCAACGGAGGAGGAGCUGAGGCUGAUCAAGGAGGCCAAGGCCCAGAACCCCCACUCGCCUCUGGCCCCCGCAGAGCUCUGCCUGCUCACCUUGGGAGAAAUCCCGCAUCUGACCUCCAGGCUGCAGCUGUGGGCCUUCGCUCUGGACUACGACUCCUUAGAGCGGGAAAUCGCCGAGCCCCUCUUCCAUCUGAAGUUGGCCAUGGAGCAGCUCGCGGCCAGCCAGACCUUCAGGUGCAUCCUAGCGACCGUGUUGGCGAUCGGCAAUUUUCUCAAUGGAUGCAAGGCCCGAGGCUUUGAGCUGAGUUACCUGGGGAAGCUGUCCCAGGUGAGGGACACGCACACCCGCCAGCCGCUGCUGCUCCACGUCUGCGUGCUGCUGCUGCAGCUCUACCCGCAGUCCACCGACCUCCACUCCGACAUCGCUGCCGUCACCAAAGCCGGCAAGGUGCGUGGAAGCGGAGAAAACCAAUGGUGAAGAUCAGGUGUGAAGAUCAAAGAAAGCGUCACACACCCCCACCUCUCUAUCUUCUAGUUUGACUUCUCCCUGGUCCAGUCCAACCUCACCCAGCUGGAAGCCCUGUGCAAAGCAUCGUGGGAGCAGCUUAAGAGUUUGGACAAGGCAGAGGAGAAGAGGAGAGGAGGG